AUGGAUCUGAAAGGGAUCUGCGUGCUCUCAGUCAUCCUGGUUGUAGCCCUCAGCACCUUGGCAGAGGCAAGAGCGCAAGCAGAAAAAUGCCAGUGUAAAGUGGCCCCCAGGGAGAGGUUAAACUGCGGACACCCAGGAAUCACAGCAGAGGAAUGCCGGAGGGCUGGAUGCUGUUUCAGCGCUUCAGUCCCUGGCGUUCCUUGGUGCUUCACUCCAAAACAAAAGAGGGUCAGGAAAGUAUGCCCUUCUGACGUUCGGGCCAGAGUGAACUGCGGUUUCCCCGGCAUCACAGCUAAAGAGUGUGAAAGGAAGGGCUGCUGCUUCGUGCCACAUCCCGCUGGUGUCCCCUGGUGCUUCUACCACCGCACAGUGACAGAGAGUUGUUAAACUAGAAAUUUCCAUCAAGAACUUCUCGAUCUGUGGACCUACUCAAAAAGGAAAUAUCAGCCAGACAUCCCAACUCAAACUUCAUACUCUGUAGUAGCUAUGAUUUCUAGGUCUUUUUUUCCCUCGGAUUGACUCCUUUCCAAUGAAAGUUAAUCACAGCUUUUACUCUUUCCGUAGUCUAGUACUGUGCUUUUU